CAUCAUAUAUGUAUAUAUAAAAGAAAGGGAGUGGCAAAUCUUUUUUUUUUUCAUUUCUUUUUCUUUUCUUUCUUUCUUUCUUUUUUCUUUUCUUUUUGUUUUCUUAUUUGUUAUCUCAACGUUUGAUUAUUAACUAUUCAUCAUGACUACUACAGCAUCUACACAUGACCCUCUAUUAUUUUAUCCUUAUGGACAAACACUUUAUGAAGUGGAACAGUAUUAUUCAACAAACAGAACAAAUAUUGAUAACGAUAAUAUGUUGUGCAGUUCUCCUUCGUCUUCACCGUCAACAUCUUCUGUUUCAUCCAUAUCUUCUUAUGGUAAACGAAUUCAUUAUGAAGCAGACUGGAAUCACAUCAUGACCAAUAUCAAGAAAACAAUGUACAAUACUACCAGUGCUGUCGUACCCUCACCUGCAACUUACAUAUUCCCAACUCCUUUUGUGCCUGAACCAUCCAAGGAUCCUAUGCUCUUUUAUAACAGCAAUCCAUUAGAAGUGAAGGAUAUGUAUUCUUAUCGACAAUUACGUUCUGAAAGUUUAUUAUAUCGAAUGUUUAACUGUAAUCUUAUGAAGGUGGAUGCUGAUCCCAGCUCAAUUAUACGAUUAAGUAAAGGUGUCUUUGUGGCCAACAAAUCACAAAAAAGUACUACCAUGGCAGUCUCUCCUAAAACAUUACCUGUAGAAUUCUUGAAUGAUGCUACUUUUUUGGAUGAUACUGCACGUUUAGAAACUAUUGAUACUUUCCAUUAUGGAGAUAUGAAACGAUUUAUGUUACAACAACAAAAGAUAGAACAACAACAACACAACAAUUUCAUUCCAUUUAGUUAUACUUUUGGAGCCAGAUACACCAAUCCUUAUCAUGGACGUGAUGUAGUGAUACGUGGAGGUCAAUUACCAAUGUGGUGCCAAACUUUAUUUUUGAAUGAAUGUGUAAAUCGUAUGCCUUUACAACCCAAUGUACCUUAUACUGGUCUUUUUCCUUUUGCUCCUUCUUUGAUUGUUGUAUUCCAAUCAUUAUCAUCUGUCGUGUCUUCUUCUGAUCAAGAUUAUUAUCCAGAACUUACCUUGGUAUAUGAACGUUAUGCUAUGGAAUUAUCAGAACCAGUACAUAUCAUGGAGAUUGGUGGUAAUAGUGCAAUGUGGGCGGAUCAGAAACAAGAAAUCAUGAAUCAAAUGCUAUUUUGUGAUAUUCCUGAAGCUUCUGUGCCUAUCUUGACUCAAUUGGCUACUCUGUGGGCAGCUGAACAAGGAUUUACUUUCUAGGUCUUCUCAUUAUUGUACAUUUUUAUAUACCACUCCCUUCUCUUGAUCUUUUACAUUUAUACCUGUAUAUAUUAUUUGUUUAUUUACAUACUCCUCACUCCUUUUUUUUUUUUUGAACGUAUCAAAUAAAACAUCAUCUUUUUCUUUUAA